CUUUUGUUCCAUCCACAACCAUUUGACCAUCUGUACUGUAAAUUGGACAUCGAAAUGGUAACUUUGUAGAGUACGCAGUCAUCAAUACUAACUUUGAAGUUGAUCACUCAGUUUUUGGACAGCUUCUUACUUAUCCGUUUCUACUCUGCUUAACUUACUUUGGUUGCAAACUUUUUCUUCGUGAUGUUUGCACGGCUACGUAAUUGUGAACGUGUAAUAUCUGAUACGUACGUCAUCAGUAAAAAAAUACACACAGGAAACACGAUUUGCAAGAACACUCGUGCUGGGGUGGUACGUCGAACUAGAGAUCAAUCCCAGCCCCUCACUUACGAGCAGGCAAAAAAGCCACAUCAAAUCGGUAUAAUGAAGUCUUGGAAUUCUUGGAAUACUUCAAAUUUGGAAGGAGAAGACCGUUACACUUCAGAGGUUACCCUUCAUGACCAGUUUAUUCGAACAUUUAUUAAUGGAACUUUUCCUUUGUUGGUUCAAAGUGAAGUUAUUAUCAAACGACAAUGUAACGUAAUACGUGUAGCUUUUUUACUAUUAAAGCGAAUAUCUCCAGGAGAAGCCAGUUUCCUCAUUGGUUACACAGAAGAAAUGCUUUCGCUUAUACUUCGAUGUGUUGUGAAACUAGAAGUACAAUUGGUGAUAUCCAAAAAUGAUGUUAUAUUUCGAUAUAUUUAAUCAUUGAACUGAAUUAUUAUUUAUUAUAUUGUAUUCAUAAAAGUGAUAUAUAUUGUACAGUGUAUCAUUAUUAUAGCCUUUAAUAUACUGCC